UACUCGGCUGCCUCAUGUGCACGACCGCCUCUCGCGUUGCCUAUUCCUCGUCGCGCGCGGCUUCGCGCGCGCGCCUCGCACGCGUCAUCCCUCGCGCCGCCUUUGCCUUGCCUAGUCCCGCGCGGACUAGGCUUCUCGCGCCCGCCCGUUACGCGCGCGUCUCCUUGCGCGCUACUCUUUCGCGACCGCCCUUGCGCGUGCAUGCGCCCAGCCCCUCCUAUUCCUUCCGCGCAUAGGCCUGCGCUCGCGCCUGUCGCCCAAUCGCGCGCUAUCGCGCGCACACUACCUCGUCCGCUAAUCCCGCGCGCGUACGCCCCAACAUCCACGACCUGCUCGCCUACCGUGCACCCGCGUACACCCAUCGCUGCCCACGUGCUGGCCACCCGUCCUCGCGCAUCACCGCCCGAUGCGCGCCUUUCGCCCGUUCGACCAUCGGUUACCCCCGACCAUCCUUCGGCCUUGACGACCACUUCCGUAUCACGCGUAUAUCGCGCACCAUUGCGCGCAUGCACACGCGCACG